AUGGCCGCACUUACCGCCGAGUACAAGCUUUUUACUCCACUGCACCUUGGUGAUGACCUCGAGCUGAAAAAUCGCGUCGUAUUUGGUCCACUUACUCGUGGUCGGGCUAACGCUGAUCGUGUUCCUUCGGAAAACAAUGAAAUUUACUAUGAACAACGAGCUGGUGCUGGCUUAAUCAUCACGGAGGCCACUGCAAUCUCGGAACAGGGCUACGGAUGGUACCACGCUGCUGCUUGCUACACAGACGCACAUGUCGAAGGAUGGAAACGUGUGACCGAUCGUGUGCAUAAGAAAGGUGGGAAGAUAUUUCUACAAAUGUGGCACAUGGGUCGUCAAGGCCACUCGAGCUUCAAUUCCAAGGGUGAAAUCGUCUCAGCAUCGGCUUUGCGUCUUGAAAAUGGCCACACACGUGAUAUAAAUUACGUCACUCAAGCCUACGAGACUCCACGUGCACUUGAAACGGACGAGAUUCCAGAAAUUGUCGAGUCAUAUCGUCAUGGUGCCAGCUUGGCAUUAAAGGCAGGUUUUGAUGGUGUGGAGAUUCACAGUGCUAAUGGAUACCUAAUUGACCAGUUUCUGCAAUCGUGUACAAACAAACGUGCGGACAAAUACGGCGGUUCGUUCGAGAAUCGAGCUCGUCUUUUAAUGGAAAUUGUUGAAGCUGUCAAGAUGGCUGUGCCAUCGCAUCGCAUUGGUGUACGACUAUCACCGAAUGGUGCUUUUGCGGGCAUGGGUAGUGAGGAUAAUUACGAAAUGUUCAAGUACACAAUGGAGCGUUUAAGUACGUAUAAUUUGGGGUAUCUUGCCAUAUUAGACGGCUUUGGCUUUGGCAAUACAGACAAGUGUCGUCUCACCACUGCGUUUGAUGCCAAGACGGCAUUUAAAGGAAUUGUAAUGGCCAACAAUAGUUACACUCGUGACCGUGCUGAAGGUGCGAUUUGCACUGGAGCCAUCGACUUCGUCGGCUUUGGACGAUUGUACAUUUCAAACCCCGAUCUGGCUGAGCGCUUCCAGAAUGAUUGGCCUUUGGCUCCACAGGCUGAAUUCAACGUAUACUAUGAUUCAUCACUGGGCGGCAAGGGCUACAACGACUUUCCGAGUUACAACGAAGCGUAA